AUGUGUCCAGGCCGUAAAAAUUUAGCUAUCGACGAAAAUACAUGGAAAGAGACAUUAGUGCAAGCUCCUGGAAAACUAAUAGACGGAGAACACAAUCAUUUGGACAAUUUGCAUACAGAUAAUCUGGUAGUGAUGCGUAAGCGAGGCGUUCAACAUAAGAGAGAAUUGAGGAAAAGGAAGCAGAAAUGGUUGCAAAACGGGCACGGAACAUAUAGUCAACUGGCCGAUGAAGACGAAUUUUUUGAAAGUUCCGAAAAGUCACCAGAUAUUGUAUGUCAUUUCUAUCGCGACGGCAACGCACGUUGCCGCGUCAUCGAUAACCAUUUGAAGGUAUUGGCUGGAAAACAUAUUGAAGCGAAAUUUUGCAAAGUCAAUGUUGAAAAGUCGCCAUUUUUAUCACAACGCUUGCGCAUGAAAGUCAUACCAACAAUUGUUGUAAUCAAAAAUGGCAAAAUUAAAGAUUUCAUCGUCGGUUUUACCGAUUUAGGUAAUUGCGAGAAUUUUUCAACGGGCAUGGUUGAAUGGCGACUCGCUCAGUCUGGUAUCAUUAAUUAUAAAGGCGAUUUAAUGACACCGCCCAUUAUGAAAAGGAAAUUCGUUAAAAACCGUGCUCAGAUGAAUAUGCGUGGCGGUUACGAGCCCGAUGAUUCUGAAACUGAUUCCGAUGAUUAA